GCCCCGCGCCCGCCGUGCCACCAUGAGGGCGCGGCCGCGGCUCUGCGCGGCGCUGCUCUUCGCCCUGGCCUUCCACACCGGCGUGUGCUCCGGCAUCAAGUGGCUGGCGCUGUCCAAGACGCCGGCGGCGCUGGCCCUGAACCAGACGCAGCACUGCAAGCAGCUGGAGGGGCUGGUGUCGGCGCAGGUGCAGCUGUGCCGCAGCAACCUGGAACUGAUGCGUACGGUGGUGCACGCCGCGCGCGAGGUGGUGCAGGCCUGCCGCAGGGCCUUUGCAGACAUGCGCUGGAACUGCUCCUCCAUCGAGCUCGCCCCCAACUACCUGCUUGACCUCGAGAGAGGGACCCGGGAGUCGGCCUUCGUGUAUGCGCUGUCGGCCGCCGCCAUCAGCCACACCAUCGCCCGGGCCUGCACGUCCGGCGAGCUGCCCGGCUGCUCCUGCGGCCCCGUGCCAGGUGAGCCUCCCGGGCCCGGGAACCGCUGGGGAGGCUGCGCGGACAACCUCGGCUACGGGCUCCUCAUGGGGGCCAAGUUUUCCGAUGCUCCUAUGAAGGUGAAAAAAACAGGAUCCCAAGCCAAUAAACUGAUGCGUCUACACAACAGUGAAGUGGGGAGACAGGCUCUGCGCGCGGCCCUGGAGGUGAAGUGUAAGUGCCAUGGAGUGUCGGGCUCCUGCUCCAUCCGUACCUGCUGGAGAGGGCUGCAGGAGCUCCGUGAUGUGGCUGCCGACCUCAAGACCCGCUACCUGUCGGCCACCAAGGUGGUGCACCGGCCCAUGGGCACCCGCAAGCACCUGGUACCCAAAGACCUGGACAUCCGGCCCGUGAAGGACUCGGAGCUGGUGUAUCUGCAGAGCUCACCCGACUUCUGCAUGAAGAACGAGAAAGUGGGCUCCCAGGGCACGCAGGACAGGCAGUGCAACAAGACGUCCCACGGCAGUGACAGCUGUGACCUCAUGUGCUGUGGCCGCGGCUAUAACCCCUACACGGACCGCGUGGUGGAGCGAUGCCACUGCCGGUACCACUGGUGCUGCUACGUGACCUGCCGCCGCUGUGAGCGCACCGUGGAGCGCUACGUGUGCAAGUGAGGCGCCGUGGACACGCGGGCCGCGCCGGCCACUGCCCCCUGCCAGCAGGGCUGGACAGCAAAGGCACCGCCUGGACUGAAACUAAACUAACUGAGCCCGGGGUGGCCCUCGCGGCCACCCAGGCUGGCCCGAGGAGCCAGGGGCCGGGGGCCGGCGACCCCUCACGCCAGACACUCUCUCUGCCCGUGCCCCCCAGC